AUGGAUUGUCAAAAUUUAACAUCAAAAAUUAAUUUUAAAUAUAUGAAUUUAUCGAAUUUCUAUGAUAAUCAUAUUAGAAAUAAAUCUUCAGUUAACUUUGAAGAAGCUAGUGAAAAACACCGUAAUGAUUGUACUACUGAUAAACAAGAAAAUAAAUUGGAAUAUUCCUUAGAAUUAUUAGAUGUAAAUUAUCCAAAUGAAUUUUUGCAAGAAAUUCGUCAUUUAUGCCAAUUGACAUCAUCAUCAUCAUCAUCUUUGUCAUCUUUGUCAUCAUUGAAAGGAAUAUCAUCAGAAAUUACCACAUCAUCACCAUUUGCAAGUGCACAAAUAAUUUGUCAAUGUAAUAUUUUACAAAACAUGAUUGAUACUCGUCUACGUGAAAUUCACUCUCGUCUUGUAUACAAUGAUGAUCAACUUACUUUAAUGAUGAUUGAACAAAUAAUGUUUGAUUUAUUUGAGAUUCAAUUGCCUAAUCAAAAGGUAAGUAGUAAAUUAAUCAUUUGUGAUGAAUCAUGA